UCUAAUUAAGUAAACAGACCAGCUCGGCCGGCGGCUUGUUGACGCCCUUCUCCUGAUACAUCCAUUAGCCUUCAGAAAUGGAAGCUUUCUCCCGGAUGCGUUGCUGGUCUCCUGCUACAUCCAUUAGCCUUCUCAGAGGCAGAACUACCAUUCAGACUCGCCGGCGUUGGACGGAGAUCGGCUCAGCGAAGAUCCAUGUCCUCUGUGCAGCUUCCAUGGAUGAUCAUAGGGUAUCUAGGGCGUAUGACGGGCUCCUGUUGGACGCUGGCGGCACGCUUCUUCAACUGGCAAGGCCCGUGGAGGCAACAUACGCCUCAAUUGGGAGGAAAUAUGGAUUGAGCACGACAGAGGCGGAGAUAAAGAAGGGCUUCAGAAGGGCUUUUUCAGCUCCAUGGCCAGAGAAGCUUCGCUAUCAGGGAGACGGACGGGCAUUCUGGAAGCUGGUUGUGUCCGAAGCCACUGGUUUCAGUGAUAGCAGUUAUUUUGAAGAGGUUUAUGAGUAUUUUGCAAAUGGUGAUGCAUGGCACUUACCACAUGGGGCAUACGAAGCAAUGUGUCUCUUGAAAGAUGCUGGAGUUAAGCUGGCAGUUGUCUCCAAUUUUGAUACUCGCUUGCGCAGACUGUUGAAUGAACUCAAUGUUUCAAAGCUUUUUGAUGCUAUCAUUGUCUCUUCUGAGGUUGGGUUCGAGAAGCCUUCUCCAGAGAUAUUCAGAGCAGCUCUUGAUAAAAUUGGCGUGAAUUCUAGCAGGGUGAUACAUGUUGGAGAUGAUGAAAAGGCAGACAAAGAUGGUGCCAACUCCAUUGGAAUUGAUUGCUGGUUGUGGGGAUUAGAUGUGAAAUCAUUUGGCGAAAUUGCUGCUCGGAUUCUGAAGCCAGAUUCCAUUGGCGAAACUGAAUAGUUGAAGCUUGCAGGCUUAUUUCCACGGAUGACGCUGCUGUCACUUGAUAUCUUCCCCUUAAGUUCACUCUGAAGAUAAAUGAACUCCAGCUUUUAAGCUAUUUUGCUCAAGCAGCAAGCAUCACUAGGUUAUUUACCUUUUUUUUCUCUUUUUUACUUGCGUCGUAUUGAAUCUAAGACUGCUGGUAACGACGAUUUGUCCCUGUUGCUUAGAUCAUUCUCCUUGGUCGAUUAGACUUGAUUGACUCAACCUAAACUCAAUUGUCCAUUGAGCCAAUGUGGCCAAUAUUUACAAUGUAAAAGUCUAAAUUGUGUUGAGUUAACAAUUUGUGAAACUUAAGCUCAGUUUACAUGAGCUGAAAGAAAGCAUGUGUAUGAUAUGUGCAAUUUUGCACAUCUUUCUCUCCC